UGGUGGUGCUCGCUGCUGCUGCUGAGAGGAGGAGGAGGAGGAUGAAGAGUUGGGCUUGUUUGUCUCCCACAGUUUCUCUCCUGCUGCUCUGAUUUUCCCCCCACAUUCCGGCCCGGGGCCUGUGUGUCUCUCCUGGAGGAGGAGGAGGAUCCAGUUCCUCCCCCCACCCCCUCCUCCCCACCCCCCCUUGCCUGGGGAAGAGGAGGAAAGAAACAGCCCAGAGAGAGAGAGGGAGAGAGAGAGAGAGAGUGAGUGAGAGAGAGAGGAGGAGAAGAGGAGAGGAGGAGGAGGAGGAGGAGGAGGGAGAAGGGAACAACCUACCAUCUUAACACACUAAUAUCUAAAAAGUGCGAGAGGCCCAGAGCAGCAGCAGAAGCAGCAGCAGCAGCCCCAGCUUCUUCCCUCCCUCCCCAUGAAGAAGAGUUCCCUCCUCCUCCUCCUCCUGCUUCUCCUGCUGAGUUCCUGCCUCCAGCUGCCAGGGGGGACAGCCAGCCAGCAGCAGGAGGGGAGCAAGAGAGCUGAAGGAGAGCCAGUUUCCCCAAAAUUGCUGCAGUAAGAAGAGGAGUUUGUUAUUUUAAACAGAGGCUGAAGAAACUAUAGAAUUAGCAGACAUAAGAAAAAGUGGAGAAGGUAGAGGAUGGAGUUGCAGACUCUACAGGAGGCUCUUAAAGUGGAAAUUCAGGUUCACCAGAAACUGGUUGCUCAAAUGAAGCAGGAUCCACAGAAUGCUGAUUUAAAGAAACAGCUUCAUGAACUUCAAGCCAAAAUCACAGCUUUGAGUGAGAAACAGAAAAGAGUAGUUGAACAGCUUCGGAAGAACCUGAUAGUAAAGCAAGAACAACCAGACAAGUUCCAAAUACAGCCAUUGCCACAAUCUGAAAACAAACUACAAACAGCACAGCAGCAACCACUACAGCAGCUACAGCAGCAACAGCAGUACCACCACCACGCCCAGUCGGCUGCAUCCUCUCCCAGCCUGACUGCUUCACAGAAGACUGUAACUACAGCUUCUAUGAUCACCACAAAGACACUACCUCUCGUCUUGAAAGCAGCAACUGCGACCAUGCCUGCCUCUGUUGUGGGCCAGAGACCUACCAUUGCUAUGGUGACCGCCAUCAACAGUCAGAAGGCUGUGCUCAGCACUGAUGUGCAGAACACACCAGUCAACCUCCAGACGUCUAGUAAGGUCACUGGGCCUGGGGCAGAGGCUGUCCAAAUUGUGGCAAAAAACACAGUCACUCUGCAGGUUCAGGCAACACCUCCUCAGCCCAUCAAAGUACCACAGUUUAUCCCCCCGCCUAGACUCACUCCACGUCCAAACUUUCUUCCACAGGUUCGACCUAAGCCUGUGGCCCAGAAUAACAUUCCUAUUGCCCCAGCACCUCCUCCCAUGCUUGCAGCUCCUCAACUUAUCCAGAGGCCUGUCAUGCUGACCAAGUUCACUCCCACGACCCUCCCUACCUCCCAGAAUUCCAUCCACCCCGUCCGUGUCGUCAAUGGGCAGACUGCAACCAUAGCCAAAACGUUCCCCAUGGCCCAGCUCACCAGCAUUGUGAUAGCUACUCCAGGCACCAGACUCGCUGGACCUCAAACUGUACAGCUUAGCAAGCCAAGCCUUGAAAAACAGACAAUUAAAUCCCACACAGAAACAGAUGAGAAGCAAACGGAGAGCCGCACCGUCACUCCACCUACUGCACCCAAACCAAAACGGGAGGAGAACCCUCAGAAACUUGCCUUCAUGGUGUCUCUAGGGUUGGUAACACAUGACCAUCUAGAAGAAAUCCAAAGCAAGCGGCAAGAACGAAAAAGAAGAACAACAGCAAAUCCAGUGUACAGUGGCGCGGUCUUUGAGCCAGAGCGCAAGAAGAGUGCAGUCACGUACCUGAACAGUACAAUGCAUCCUGGGACCCGGAAGAGAGGUCGUCCUCCAAAAUACAAUGCAGUGCUGGGGUUUGGAGCCCUAACCCCAACAUCCCCCCCAUCCAGUCAUCCUGACUCCCCUGAAAAUGAAAAGACAGAGACCACAUUCACUUUCCCUGCACCUGUUCAGCCUGUGUCCCUGCCCAGCCCCACCUCCACAGACGGUGAUAUCCAUGAGGAUUUUUGCAGUGUUUGCAGAAAAAGUGGCCAGUUGCUGAUGUGUGACACAUGUUCCCGUGUAUAUCAUCUGGACUGCUUGGACCCUCCUCUGAAAACGAUUCCCAAGGGCAUGUGGAUCUGUCCCAGAUGUCAGGACCAGAUGCUGAAGAAGGAAGAAGCAAUUCCAUGGCCUGGAACUUUAGCAAUUGUUCAUUCCUAUAUUGCCUAUAAAGCAGCAAAAGAAGAAGAAAAACAGAAAUUACUUAAAUGGAGUUCAGAUUUAAAACAAGAACGAGAACAACUAGAGCAGAAGGUGAAACAGCUCAGCAAUUCUAUAAGUAAAUGCAUGGAAAUGAAGAACACCAUCCUGGCCCGGCAGAAGGAGAUGCACAGCUCCCUGGAGAAGGUAAAACAGCUGAUCCGCCUCAUCCACGGCAUCGACCUCUCCAAACCCGUAGACUCUGAGGCCACUCUGGGGGCCGUCUCCAAUGGCCCGGACUGCACUCCCCCUGCCAACGCCAGCACCUCCACGCCGGCGCCCUCCCCGCCCCCCUCCUCCUCCUCCCAGAGCUGCACAGCGAACUGUAACCCGGGGGAAGAGACUAAAUAACAGAGCCCUGCUAGGAGAAGCCACGGGAUCCCAGUGGCAAGGAGAGCAAAACACUGAAGACUCUAGACAAGCAAAGCCGGAUUUCUUCUGGAAAGUACAGAAUUCUUUUGGUUCUUUGGUUCCAGAGAGAGAGAAGAUGCUUGUGCCGGGUGGCACCAGAGUUUGCCAAUUGAUCCUUCUUAUUCUGUGUGUACAUGCAAAGACUGGACCACGCCACAUGAAACCGUGCCAGCUGGAGGCUCUGGGCCAGCACCACGCCGAGUGGAUAAUACACUUGCUCUCCCUGUUACACGCCAGUGUGUGCCUGCGGCAGCCCCUACCACCACCACCGUGGGCUCGCUUUUGUUUUGUUGGGUGGGGAGCGGGGACGGGCCGCGGGGGUGGGGGGAGCAGGUUCCAGACCCUUAUUUGCUGAGCUGUUUGUUUAGGUAGAGAAGACAAGUCCAAAGAGUGCGUGGGCUUUCCUGUUUCUAAACUUUCACUACUAUAAAACCAAAAAGAGGAAAUCGAGAUUUAACCAACCCCAGUGCCCAGAGGAAGGGAUGGGGAGGGAAUGGGAGGGAGCCAGGGUGGGGAAAAGUUUAUCAGAUAAGCAGUAUUUCAUAUUGUCUGGGGCGGGCACAGUGCACGGAGAGAUGGACACCAAGAACAGCCACCGGGGUCUUCUCCGGAGCACUCCGCUCCCCCACCCCUCCCCAAGCUCCUUCCCUGCUUUGGCAAAUCGGCACCGUCCCUGUGGAUGAUCCGGUUACCUUCCCUCUCCAAGAACAAGCAGACCCAGGCCUCAGGUGGCCCUUGCCCGGGGCAGGGAAGAAGGGUGUGUGUGUCGAGGAAGGAAAAAAGGUGGAUCAGUGAUUUUACUUGAAAACAAGCUCCAUCCCUUUUCUAUAUUUAUAAGAAGAGAAGAUCCUGAGCGAAGCAGCACGCGACCCAGGUGUGUGUGAAUUGAAUGGAGACGUUGCUUUUCUCUUUUUUUAAAAAUUUUUGUUUCUGUUCUUUCUUCUUUAAAAAGAAGUUUUAUUUUGUUGUUUAUUUUACUUUUUUGGUAACAAAAACUAAAAUAAGGAAUAGAGAAGCUGUUUUUCAGGCUGACAGUCCAAUUAAGGGUAGUCGAGACCUUGCAUGGUAGAAUAGGAAUCAUAGUGUCAGUGAGGUCCAGUGAGUCUGUGUGAGUCCUUGUGUCAUCGUUCGGGGCACUGUUUUUUUAUGCAAGGGCAAAAAUCUUUGUAUCUGGGGGAAAACAACAACAACAACUUUUUUUUUAAUUAAAAAGGAAAAUAAAAGAGAUUGAGGUCUUCCUAGUGUUACUUAAAUUAAGAUCAAGGUAAGAAACAUUGUAAAAAAAAAAAUUACAAAAGUGCUAUUUGUUUCCUAAAAACAGUGAUUUCUAUUAAAAAGGUGUCAGAACUGGAGAAAAUGCUGUGUAGUUAUAAUUUUUUAGCACAGAACCUGCUGAACAUGAUGACAUUUUGCUGUGUUUGUGUCUCAAGACUGGUGGGCUAGUCUCCAUGAUUGCUGUCCUCCGGACGGCUGCAGCCCUGACGAGUAGGGGCAGAGCUCUCCCACCAUUCUCCCCUGCUCAGAAAAGACUGUCCUCUCUUCUUGGUGCAGGGAUCUGGGCUCCUGUUUCAGAAGCCCACAUGGAGUGUGGAUGGUGUCAGGGCCCUCCCUGUUGUCUCCUCGGGUUUUGCUAGAGCAGAAGGCUGGUGCCUAAAUAAGAUCCCUUCCUUUGGUGCUGCUCUUGGUCUUUCAGCCACCAGCAUUUUGAGUGCCUGGGGGACAGCUUUGAAGGAAAUGGCCACUGAAGCUCAUUGGUGCCUACGCACCCCGGCUUUGGUGGAAGGGUGCAGGGGGCAGGCUGCAUCAGCCCUUGGUGCUUAGAAAGAACAAGGGAGUGAGAUGUCUUGAGGGGACAUGGUGUCUCUGAGACAGAGAGCCCAGGGUGGCCUUUGUGUCUUCAUGUCUUGGAAGAGAGGUCUGAAUCUCCAGCUGCUUUCUCUGCCUGCUGGCUCCAGUCACCUUUGCCCACCCACAAGCUUCCUGGGUGACCUUUGGCUAGAAUGCGGUGCUUGCCUUGGCUUGGCCUGUCUUCUUUUUGAGAAAAGCGGGGUUCUGAAAGGCUCAGACCAUUUCUAUCAUCUUGCCUUGUGGGAAAUAAAUUUUGUCAAGUGUGCGCUCCGGCUGGAGACCUUUUGCCCAUUGCGUGCAUUUGGCCACAGGAGGGAGGCGGGGGCUCUGCACCCCCCGGCACUCCCAGAGCAUCUCUCCCAAGCCCGCCCCCUAAGGGCCAGAGUCUAGGAGGGGCGGAAAAGGGCCCAGUAGUUUCUCCCUCACCUAGUUAGGCCCAGAGAGACAGAGAUGGAUCCUGAAAGCAAUUGCAACAGAGAAAUACUCCUUAGGUAAAACGUGUCUCAUCUCUACCAACCGUUUCCGUUCAUCUUCCUGGGAUGUUAGAAGAGGGGAUUAAGAGGGGCUGCACAGGCCUCAGAGUCAGGACCUGGCUGCAAGGUUGCCUGAGGGGGAAAGAAAGGAGCUCCCUUUCCUCAUGCAAAAACCCAGGUGCUAUGUCUAGUCAGGGAGCUUUGAGAGAUGCCUGGACUAGUUGGAGGAAUAGUUGGCAGAGGUUCAGAGCCCAGAGGCGGGCUAUACUGUCUUGGAGCCCUCCCAUUUGACUUGUCUGGGCCCAGAGGCUGGAGGUUGCCACAUAAUACCUAUCCUCUUGAAAGCAGUGGGAAUUGAUCAGGGUUUUGCCAGCUGCUGUGAGCAGGCACACUCUGACCUUGCCUAGGGUUGGGGUAUGGAUUCUUCCUCAAGUUCAGACAUAAGCUGUUGUGCAAGUCAGCUAGUGUGGCGUAAACAAUGCAACCCUGCCCCCGAACCUGCAUUCUGGACUCAAAAUUCCCAAGCACCCCUUACUGCAAAGAAAGGGCCCUAGUCACCCAGUCUCCUCCUUCACUGUCCUGCCAAGAGAAGACCCUCUCCGUUCCUCCAGACCUGUGGGGUCCCUGUGACCGCCUGAGACACAAGUUCAUGACUGCCCCACCGGAGCUGCCUCUCCCUCCCUCCCCCUCUCCCUUCUGCUGCUUUUCCCCGUGCCCCAGUGUAGCUGCUGACAGACACACCUGAGAGCAGCUGGCCUGCAGUCACUUCAGAGGCCAGGGAGCGGCUGGUCUGGCUCUAGGAAGGAGCUGCCCCCCAGGUCCUGGAUCAGGACGCCCCUUGUCAGUCCCAUGGCUCAGGUGACGCGCCCUGGAAACAGUGAGGUCAUGUUGCUGUCAUCAUCCCUGCUCACAUUCUUGCCAGUGUGGCCUGCAGGUCCUUUUUCUUUCACGGAGCCUGCUGGAUCUUGUCUCACCGCUCCCGAGCUCAUCCAGAGUUCUGCUUUCUUCCUUCCUUAUCAGGCCCUUUUGGCACAAGCCUGCUGGUCGUGCCUGGCAGGGAGACCAAGCUCGGGGCAGCCCCUCGUGGGCCUUACCUGUGUGGGGCCUGUAACAUGGCCGUGGCAGCCUCCAGCUGGCGCCAUGUGAGUGCCCGGUUUCCCGACAGGCCCGCCUCUGUCCCCGCCGCUGCUUGGCUCAGGCUCGACAGGUGGUGUGAAUGGGUGCAGUUGCUCGCCCCACACCUCUCCUGUGAGGGUGAUCGCGUAUCCUGCUCACCUCACUCUCCGCGGGUGCAGCUGCCUCUCCAGCCAUCUCUGACACUCUCUUGGGGCCAGCGGAGCCUCCUCGCGCUCUCAUGCCAACCCACGACUCACACAGCACACUCAAAAGUGGCUUCCUCCCUUCCCUCCCUUUUAGGGUUUGGUCUUUCUUAUUUAUCCAAAGGGCUUAAUUUAGGAGACUUUUACCCCAAGGGGCAAAAGGCUCUUUGGUAGCAGGAUGGAUGGUGGCCCAGGUACAUUUUCCAGGCCCUGGGUUCUCCAGAUUCCAUGGCUUCUGUUGGAUGGAGGCAACCUUGCUCUGUCUAAAAGACUGGGGACCUCACCCCCACCCCUCAGCUGGGCACCCUUGGCAGGAAACAGGAGACCCGUUCUCACCCUGACUUCAAGCCGUCUUCAGUAUCAGCUCCUUUCCAGGAAGUGAGGGGGUGGCCUCUGAGAAGAUUCCUCUUGGCCUUCCCACCAGAGUAAAGGGGAAGGAAGCUGACCCCGGUGGAGCUCUUGAAAAAUAGCCCUUGUAAAGGAAGAGCAGGGCUCACAAAUUCCCUUCACUCCCCACUCCCAAAGGCUCUUCCUCCCUGAGGACUCCACUGUCCCCUCAGCAGUCUCUGGCCCCUGCUCCUCUCUCCGGUGUCAUUGGGUCCUCAGCCCAGGGUAAGCUGCAGUCAGGCAGGACAGGACGGGCAGCCGGAGGUCAGCAAGCUCUGAGCAGAAAAGAGCCAGCCAGCUCCCACCCUGUCUCUUGUCCAUGCCCUUUGUGAUUUCAGUCUUGGUAGAACUUGUAUUUGGAGUUUUGUGCUUCAAAGUUUUUGUUUUUGUUUGUUUGAUUUUUGUUUUGAGGGGGUGGGGGGGAUACAGAGCAGCUGAUCAAUUUGUAUUUAUUUAUUUUAAC